AACUCUACAGCAGCUCACCGUCAGACAAAUCUUUUUGGGGCACAACGCGUAAGGAGUUGAUUGUCUGCGGGCGGAGUGACAAAAAGGCCUAAACGGAAACUUUGUAGGAAUAUAUGACUUUACGAAUCGUUAACAAACAAUUGCUUAAAUAAUUUGCACACCACCAAAGAUGACACGGAUGGACUUAAGUCAAUAGUAAGGCGUGCGUUAUUACUGGCUACUACAACUAGGCUAGCCUACUACAUUCAAAUUUGUACUGCUACCAACCCGGUCGAAUAACAUUGACAUUGCGAGAAGACGACGACACGAUGCAGGGAGGAAAAGAUUCGGAGGCUAUCGGCUUGAAGGGCACAGAGUAUUCAUCCCAAUCCGUUAAGAAUGCUCUGGAUAGCGGAGAAACGGAAAACCCUAAAGCAAAGGGGAUUGAUACUGUGUCUGUUUUGUGGACUUUCGGAAAAUGCCUUGGUGCAUUGCUCCCUGUGUACCUGGCUGGAUACUAUCGGGUCAGCACCAGUUUGUUAGUUUUCGGGCUGAUGGUCUACACUGGAUGGAAACAUUCACGCGAAGCGAAGGAGUCUCGCUUGCGGUCCGCCAUUCAGUCUCUACAUGACGAGCAAGAGUAUACUUCCAUGAAAGUAUUUAAAAACAAACAAGAUCUACCUUCUUGGGUCAAUUUCCCAGAUGUGGAGAAGGUGGAGUGGCUAAAUAAGGUGUUGCAGCAGGUAUGGCCCUUUGUGGGCCAGUAUCUGGAGAAGCUGCUGGUAGAGACCAUUGCUCCUUCCAUCCGGAACUCCAGCUCCCACCUGCAGACCCUUAGCUUCACCAAGGUGGACUUUGGAGACAAGGCCAUGAAGGUUGUGGGGGUGAAAGCUCACACAGAGAACGAGAGAGGGCAGGUGCUGUUGGAUCUGUACAUCAGCUAUGUCGGCGAUGUUGAGAUCGAUGUCGAGGUGAAGAGGUAUUUCUGUAAAGCUGGAGUCAAGGGAAUACAGCUGCAUGGGAUGAUGCGGGUGAUUCUGGAGCCACUCAUUGGUGAUGUCCCUAUUGUGGGCGCGGUCACCAUGUUCUUUAUCCGUAGGCCGAAAUUGGAUAUCAAUUGGACUGGACUGACUAAUCUGUUGGACAUUCCUGGCCUGAAUGUCAUGUCUGACAGUAUGAUCAUGGAUGCCAUCGCCUCCUUCCUGGUCCUGCCCAAUCGCCUCACUGUCCCUUUAGUGGCAGACCUGCAUGUGGCCCAACUCCGCUCCCCUCUGCCUAGGGGUGUGGUGCGCAUCCACCUGGUGGAGGCUGAGGACCUUGCAGCCAAGGACAACUACAUGAAGGGGGUGAUAGCGGGUAUGUCCGACCCCUACGCCCUGCUCAGGGUGGGCCCUCAGACCUUCACCUCCCACCACAUAGACAACACCCUCUGCCCCAAAUGGGGCGAGAUGUACGAGGUCAUUGUCCAUGAGGUGCCGGGUCAGGAGUUGGAAGUGGAGGUGUAUGACAAAGACACCGACCAGGAUGACUUCCUGGGGAGGACAAAGGUGGAUCUGGGGAUAGUGAAGAAGUCCACAGUUGUUGAUGAAUGGUUCCCUCUAAAAGACACUCGUUCUGGCCGAAUCCACCUCAAAAUGGAGUGGCUGAGCUUGCUGCCCAACACAGACCAACUGGACCAGGUCCUCCAGAGGAACGAGAGUGUGAUUGUGUCCAGUAAGACUGCAGACCCCCCCUCGGCAGCCAUCUUGGCCGUCUAUCUGGAUAAAGCUGAGGCUCUUCCUAUGAAGAAAGGUAGUAAGGAACCGAGUCCCAUGGUGCAGUUGUCUGUGCAGGACAUCACAAGAGAAAGCAGGACGUUUUACACAACUAUCAACCCAGAGUGGGAGGAUGCCUUUACCUUCUUUAUCCAGGAUCCACGUCAACAGGACAUAGAUAUCCAGGUGAAGGACAACGACCGUGUGCAGACCCUUGGCAGUCUGACUAUCCCUCUCUCCAGACUGCUGUCCAGCCCCAACCUUUCUCUGGACCAGUGGUUCCAGCUGAACAACUCUGGGCCUGCCAGCCGAAUUUACAUCAACAUUGUACUCAGGGUGCUGUGGCUGGAUGAACUGAAGGUGUCCACAGCUCUCCUCUCCACAGAGGCAGCUCACCUGGCAGAUGGGCGUUCCAAGCCUCGGCCCCAGCACACCACCCCUGACCCCAGCUUUGCCACGGAGGGGGUUUUGAGAAUCCAUCUUCUGGAAGGUCAAAACCUGGUGCCCAAGGACAACCUGAUGGGGGGAAUGGUGAAGGGAAAGAGUGACCCCUACGUGGUGAUCAACAUUGGUGGGGAGACCUUCAGAAGUCAGGUCAUCAAGGGGAACCUGAACCCCACCUGGAAUGAGAUGUAUGAGGUGGUUCUGACCCAACUUCCUGGUCAGGAAUUGCAGUUGGAGAUGUUUGACAAAGACAUGGAUAUGAAGGAUGACUUUAUGGGCAGGUUAAAGGUCAGUCUGAAGGAUCUAAUCAGCUCACAGUACACAGACCAGUGGUACACUCUGAAUGAUGUGAAGUCUGGUCGUGUUCACCUGGUACUGGAGUGGGUACCAACGGUAUCAGAACCAAACAGACUGGACCAGGUGAUGCAGUUCCAGUCCAGGCAGUCCUUCCAGAACAAGGCUGUUCCCUCUGUGGCCCUGCUGUUUGUGUAUGUGGAUAGUGCAAACGGUCUGCCAUUGAAGAAGAGUGGGAAGGAGCCAAAGGUAGGAGCUGAGCUCAUUCUUGGACACACCUCCCACAAAACGACGGUGUGUGAUCGCUCUACGUCGCCUCAGUGGGACGAGGCUUUCUACUUCCUGGUGCGUGACCCUAGAGAGCAGGUCCUGAUCGUGAAGUUGUCUCACAGUUGGAGUCUGCCUAUUGGGUCUCUGGUGGUCCCAGUCAGAGAGCUGCUGUCAGAACCUCAGCUGGUCCUGGACCAGUGGCUCAGUCUGGAUGGAGCCUCACCUGACAGUCACAUCCUGCUGAGGGCCCAGCUCAAGGUGCUGAGCCCUAAGAUGUGCCAGAGAGGAGCGGACCAGACAGAGCCCUCCAUGGCUCCCUCUACCAUGACCACUAAACAGAGCUUGGAGAGAGACAUGGCACAGAAGUCCAGUGCAAGGGAAUCUCCCCCAGCACCAGUCUCCAGUUCCCUGCCUGUGUCUGAGGGAGCUGAGAGGAAAGCAGCUGAUAAAGUGGUCCCUAAACCAGCGACAGAAGAUAAGAUGGUCCCUAAAGCAGCGACAGAAGAUAAGAUGGUCCCUAAAGCAGCGACAGAAGAUAAGGUGGUCCCUAAAGCAGUGACACCAGACAUCCACCCUCCCGCUACCCCCCUUCCUCCACACACCACCCCAGGCCCCAGCUUUGGUGCUGAGGGGGUGCUGAGGAUCCACCUGCUGGAGGCCCAAAACCUGGUUGCCAAGGACAACCUGAUGGGGGGCAUGGUGAAGGGCAAGAGUGACCCCUAUGUCAAGAUCCAUAUUGGAGAUGCCAACUUUAAGAGUCAUGUGAUCAAAGAGAAUCUUAACCCCACCUGGAAUGAGAUGUACGAGGCAAUAUUGGUCCUUAAGGUUGGCUUGGAGGUACAGAUCGAGCUUUAUGACAAAGACAUGGACAAAGAUGACUUCCUGGGCAGGUUUAAAGUCAGUAUGAGUGACAUCAUCCAGUCCCAGUACACAGACCAGUGGUACACUCUGAAUGAUACGAAGUCUGGUCGUGUUCACCUGGUACUGGAGUGGGUACCAACAGUAUCAGAACCCAGCAGACUGGACAAGGUGCUGCAGCUGCAGUCACAGCAGUCCUUCCACAACAAGGCGGUUCCCUCUGCUGCUCUGCUGUUUGUCUACAUGGACAGGGCCCACUCACUGCCUUUAAUGAAAAGUGGGAAGGAGCCUAAAGCUGGAGCUGAACUUGUCGUUGGGAAAACCACCCACAGAACCAAGGUGUGUGAUCGCUCCACAUCACCCCACUGGGAUGAGUAUUUCUACUUCCAGGUUUAUGAUCCCAGAGAAGACAUGCUCAUAGUAAAGCUGUCCAGUGACUGGGAGCAGGCACUGGGAUCCCUGGUGGUCCCAGUCAGAGAGCUGCUGUCACAACCUCAGCUGGUCCUGGACCAGUGGCUCAGUCUGGAUGGAGCCUCACCUGGCAGUCAGAUCCUGCUGAGGGCCCAGCUCAAGAUUCUGAACUCCAAGAUGACAGAUGAAGUAGCCAAACCCCAGGUAUCUGUUAUUGGUCCAGACACCUUUACUGACGCUGAGGAAGAGGAGCCUUUCACUGCCUUUGAGCAGUCAGUCACAGCAGCCAAUGAGGAGGAGCCACACUGUCAGGUGCAAUCUGAAAAGCCUGUUGCUGUCUUCAGUCAUCCAUCCUCUGUCCCUCAACCUGAGACAAGGGAAGUGGUUCCUGAUGUCACUAAAAGAGACCCCAGUCCUGCUGACGUGACUGUCCACAGGCACAGCCAUCCUGAUCCCAGCGCCAGCGUCAAGGUAGAAGACCCAGGGUGUACUGAGGUGGAAAAACCAGAGGCCACAGCCCAAGAAUCUCUCCCAGCAGCUAAGCCAAAGGAGUCUGGCAUUGGAGGAUUAAUUCAGGCUACAGUGACUACACUCCCUUCCAUUACAGUCCCUGUGGUGGUCAAAUCUGAUCCCCACCCUGCUGUAACAAGACCAUCACACACCAGCCCAGAGCCUGGCUUUGGCAGAAAGGGGAUGCUGAGGAUCCACCUGCUGGAGGCCCAAAAUCUGGUUGCCAAGGACAACCUGAUGGGGGGCAUGGUGAAGGGCAAGAGUGACCCCUACGUUAAGAUCCAUAUCGGAGAUACCAAGUUUAAGAGUCACGUGAUCAAGGAAAAUCUCAACCCAAUCUGGAAUGAGAUGUAUGAGGUGGUUCUGAGUGUGCAGGCUGGCCAGCAGAUUCAGUUUGAACUCUAUGAUAAAGACCUGGACUCUGAUGACUUCCUUGGCAGGUUUACCAUCAGACUGAGUGAUGUCAUCAGCUCCCACUAUACUGACCAGUGGUACACUCUGAAUGAUGUGAAGUCUGGUCGUGUUCACCUGGUCCUGGAGUGGGUACCUACAGUAUCAGAACCCAGCAGGCUGGACCAGGUGCUGCAGCUACAGUCUCUGCAGUCCUUCCACAACAAGGCGGUUCCCUCUGCUGCUCUGCUGUUUGUCUACAUGGACAGAGCCCACUCACUGCCUUUAAAGAAAAGUGGGAAGGAGCCUAAAGCUGGAGCUGAACUCGUCGUUGGGGACACCACCCACAGAACCAAGGUGUGCGAUCGCUCCACUUCUCCUCACUGGAAUGAAGCUUUCCACUUUGUGGUUCAUGACCCUAAACACGAAAUGCUAAUUGUCAAGCUGUCCAGUGGUUGGGAGCAGGCACUGGGUUCCCUGGUGGUCCCAGUCAGAGAGCUGCUGUCAGAACCUCAGCUGGUCCUGGACCAGUGGCUCAGUCUGGAUGGAGCCUCACCUGGCAGUCAGAUCCUGCUGAGGGCCCAUCUUAAGAUCUUAGAAUCCAAGAUGGUGGAGAUGAUAAGCCAGGGGACUGUGCCAUGCUCUGCUUAUGGUGGCGGCAGUGGACAAGUGAAGCUGUCUCUGUCCUAUGCUUCCAAGGAGAGAAAGCUUGUUGUCAUUGUACACGCCUGCAGGGGCCUGGUGUCGUCUAGUCCUCCAGACACCUAUAUCUCCCUCAUGCUUCUGCCAGACAAAAGCAAGGCCACCAAGAAGAAGACUGCCACCAAGAAGAAAGAUCUAAACCCAGAGUACAAUGAGAGGUUUGAGUUUGACGUGUCUGUGGAGGAUGCCAGGUUCAGACAUCUGAGUGUCUCGGUGAAGAACAGCUCCACCACCUUCAGGAGCCGUGAGAAGGACGUCCUGGGCCAGGUUCAAAUAGAGCUGGCGGAGAUUGACCUGGUCUCUGGUAUCACAAAAUGGUUGAACUUGGAGGAGGCUGAAUAGUGUCAAUAACAACCUGCUGCGCUUACCAUACCUGUCAAAGGUCACCUGUACUAUCUCACUCAGAGGCCUUCAUCUUGCUACGCACAACACAAUCACACCACUGUGGCAGCCAACCCCUUUAAUCAUCUAUAUCCGUUUGCAUGUGAGAUUCAUAUUGCUGUAGACUCACUCUCACCAAAGACAAGACUACAUGUCAGAACAGUAUACAACCUGGAGGGGAACAGGAUGGAAAACGUACACACCUAUACUGUAUGUUGUUUUUGUGUUUAUCAGUAAUUCAACAGUUACAAAGGUCUUUGUUAUGAUGGUCAGCAAUAUUACAUAAACGUUUAUGUGUU